AAACUUUUGAACAGGGUCAUUUUUAUAAAUUCAACUAUUAUUUUCUCCUCUUUUUCAGGUCUGUGCUAAAUAAAAAAUAACAUGCAUUUUGUAUGAUGCCUUUUAUUUUGGUAAAAUAAUUAACAUUUUGCAGAUUCUCCAAGGUGUAUGUAAACUUUUGACUUCAACUGUAAUAGGUAACAAUAAUUAGUUAAUGUUAGUUAAUGGAUUAGCAACAAUGAGCAAUACAUUUGUUAAAGUAUUUAUUAAAAUAUACAUGUUAUUCUAAUGUAAAUGUGCUUUAGAAGUUUUAAUAUUCAUUUUAAUUCUAUGCUAUUGACUAAUAUUAAUUAAAAAAAAGAGGACUUCAGAUGAUGCCAACCCUGAAACAACAUACAGCACUACCGAAUUUUGCUACUAAAUUAUGGUGUUUUUGUCUGUUUGAUUACAUCAUUAAUUGAUCUUUAUCACACAUCUCUGCCAUAUGUAAAUCAACUUGACAUAGUCAACUCUGGUGAGCUACUACUAAAUAUAUUGUAAAAACUUUAAUUUGGUGUAAAGUUGCUUUGCAACGAUAUGUAUCGUGAAAAGCGCUAUACAAAUAAAUUUGAAUUUGAAUUUGAAAAUUUGAAUAAAUGGAACCUUACUAUGAAAUGUCAUUUAGUGGCAAACACAUUUUGUUUAAUUAUGUAUAUAAAAUGACAUCACAUGACAACCUGGCCUGUCUUAAUAAAAUACUUUUUUCCUAAGACAAAAGUCAUUUUUAUAUGCACAUUGACCCAGAGCAAAUUUACUGGACAUUUGAUUGAGAGACCGUACUAAAUUGUGACAACUAGCCCCAGUCUCCCCCCAUAGUGUUGUAUGAUUACCAUACUAAAAGGACAAUGAUAUUUAAACAUCCAAGUGAAAAUCUGGGGCUGUCAGUAGUUUUGGUACUUUAUUGUUAGUGUGGUGUCUCUCCUGUGGUUCAGGCAGCCUGUGUCUCAGUAGCAGGCCGUUUCAGUCCAUCUGUCUCAUCUGUGAGCAGCCAAUACACACACUUGAACCCCAACGGUGUUAUCAGCCCUUCCCACUAUAUUUAACUGGAUAUAUUAUUAAGUCAUACCCAGAUAUCCUUGACAUUACAUUGAGGAGGAUGAAAUGAGAUCAUCCGUGCUUCUCCGAAACCCUCGUAUCUGAGUAAGUUGUGGGAUUUCCAACAGAGAAUGAACACAGAGCUCUUCAAAGAUGAAAAGAGAGGGUAGAGGAGGAAGAUUAGAAAGAGACCCGAAGCUAGACUAAGCUGAAGAUCCGUGUGGUAGUGAGAGAGGAGAAGGAAAGAGGAGCCAUGUGGCACGUUAGUUGUUCUUUAAAUCCUAAAGUGCUCCCGGACGGGGUGCCUGCACGGACGACCAUGAAGAAAGCACUGGCUGGAGGAGUCAAAGGGAAGAGAAAGAUGUUCUCGUUUUCUUUACGAUGUCGGAUUGGAGUUAUCAGAGGAAGGGUUAAAGAUGAUGUCCCAUACACAAAGGGAAGCAAAGAUGCUGCAAGUGACAGCAGCGGCCUCAACAAGAGGAGCAGCAUUGCUGAUGAGCUGAGAGGUGUGACGACGGUGGAACUGAUUAAAAAAGAGGGCACCAGUCUCGGCCUCACAAUCUCCGGAGGUUGUGACAAGGACGGCAAGCCAAGAGUGUCAAACCUGAGACCAGGAGGCCUCGCGAUCCGAAGUGACCAGCUCAAUGUCGGGGACUACAUCAAGUCAGUGAACGGGAUAAAUCUGUCCAAACUCAGACAUGAUGAGAUCAUCAGCAUGCUGAAGAACAUCGGUGAGCGUGUGGUGCUGGAGGUGGAGUACGAGCUGCCACCAUUCGCUCCCAGCAAUCCCUGCAGCGUCAUCUCCAAAACUAUUGAAGUGUGCUUGGAAAAAGAAGGAAACAGCUUUGGCUUCGUUCUGAGAGGGGGGUUUCAUGAGGACUGGCAUAAGGCUCGACCUCUAGUUGUGACCUACGUCAGGCCUGGCGGACCCGCAGACAGAGAGGGAACCCUGCGAGCGGGCGACCGUGUGUUGAGCGUGAACGGUGUUGCUGUGAACAGACAGAAACAUGCUGACGCUCUGACCCUGAUCAUGCAGAGCAGCCAGGAGGCUUUCUUCCUCAUCGAGUACGACAUCAUGGUCAUGGACUCAGUCCAAAAGUCGUCUGGGCCGUUGCAAGUGGACAUCGCCCGCUCCGCAGGUUCAGUACUGGGACUCAGUCUCACUACCUCCCUCUACAGGAACAAACAGGUCAUUACAAUCCAGAAAAUCAAACCUGCUAGUGUUGCGGACAGAUGUGGUGCUUUGCAUGUGGGAGAUAUUCUCCUGGCUAUAGACGGCAUGAGCACAGAGCACUGCUCUCUGAUGGAGGCUCAGCAGCUCCUGUCCAGCUCCUCAGAGCUCACCAAACUAGAGAUCCUGCCCUCGCAACACUGCUCACAUGACACAGUGCGUGUCCAGAGGAGCAGUCAGCGUCAGUGGGACUCUAGUGAGAACUACAACAGUGCUCCUCCACCUUUCCAAAAAACACCCUCAGCCUGGAGUCACACCACCCCUACACCCUCACACCGAUCUGUGACGUCUGGCGUCUCUGCAAACACAUCAGGCUUUCACAGUUACAACUGUGGCACACAGUCGGCCUACCCCAACACCUAUCCCAGCAGCACCCUGCCCUCCUACCCGUCCAGCCCUCGCUGCACCGUCACCAAGAGGAGACAAAGGAGAAGAGACCACAAGAGCUCAUUGUCUCUGGCGUCGAGUACGGUGGGCGCCGGCGGUCAGGUGGUGCAUAUAGAGACCAGUGAGGUGGUUCUGAGAGGAGAUCCUCUUACUGGAUUCGGCCUGCAGUUACAGGGGGGAGUGUUUGCUACUGAACCGCUGUCAGCGCCUGCCUGCGUUCGCUUCAUAGAGCCUGACACACCUGCUGAAAGGUGUGGGGUGUUACAAGUCGGAGACAGAAUUCUUUCCAUUAAUGGAAUUCCCACUGAGGACGGAACUCUGGAAGAGGCCAAUCAGCUGCUCCGAGAUGCAGCGCUGGCCAAUAAGGUCGCACUGGAGGUGGAGUUUGAUGUAGCAGAAUCAGUCAUUCCCAGCAGUGGCACAUUUCAGGUGAAGUUGCCCAAGAGACGUGGAGUGGAGCUGGGCAUUACAAUCAGUGCAAGCAAGAAGCAAGGAAAGCCUUUGAUCAUCUCUGAGAUACAGAGAGGCAGUAUUGCACACAGAAUAGGGACCUUGGAGCCAGGCGAUCGUCUGCUGGCCAUCGAUAAUGUUCGGCUGGAUAAUUGCGGGAUGGAAGAGGCCAUGAUGGUCCUUCAGCAGGCCGAAGGGAUGGUCAAAUUGCGCAUUCAGAAAGACGAAGACAACCUGGAUGAAUUAGAGUCAUCCGGUUCAGUCAUAUUCACAGUAGAGCUCAAGAGACACGGCGGUCCUCUUGGAAUUACCAUUUCAGGCACUGAAGAGCCCUUCAAUCCCAUCUUGAUCUCCAGCCUGACCCGCAACGGCCUUGCACACAGGACUGGUGCUCUUCAUAUCGGCGACCGUGUUUUGGCCAUCAAUAACAUGAGUCUAAAGGGAAAACCUCUGAGUGAGGCCAUCCACCUGCUGCAGACCGCCGGAGACACGGUUACCCUCAAAAUCAAGAAGCGAUCUGAACCACUUUUGGAGUCGGACAGGGGCAGCCCGUCCAGGACGGCCUCGUGCGUGAGCGACAUGGAAGACGAUCGCUCAGAUUCUCUCAGGCGAGGGAAAUACUCUGAACUUCAUCGAAUGACCACACCGCCCAGUCUGGAUUCAGCCAUGGACUCAUGGGAUAGUUCAGCCCUGGAUGCCGGCUAUGGAAGUCAAGGUGUCUAUAUUCAUAGAACGUCUGAUUUCACUCUUCAUCCCAAUGACUGGAGACAGACCAAUCACAGGAGCCCGCUGGUCUCCAGAAGACACGCCCACCGUCCUGCUAUGUAUGAUGGGAGGCCGGGUGAGGACGACUGGACGUACUCUGGAUCUGUCAGUCCCGCACGCUGUCACAACCACAACAAUACAGACGCUCAGGAGAACUAUUGGUCACAAGCUCUUCAGGACCUGGAGACCUGCGGUCAAUCAGAAAUCCUGCGGGAACUUGAGGCUACUAUAAUGUCAGGCAGCACACUGAGUUUGGGAGAAGACAGUGAGAAGCAGAAUGAAAGCAGGACCAAAGCUCUUGUACUGAGCCCAGAGAGGACCUCAGAGAACACAGCUGUACCGGAGGACAUGAAGGACACCAGCCCAUCCAUGCCAUUAGAGCUUCAUAAGAUCUGUAUACAGAAGGAUGUUGACAGCAGGGAUUUUGGGUUCAGCGUGUCCGACGGUCUGCUGGAGAAGGGUGUUUACGUGAACAUGAUCCGUCCGGAUGGGCCUGCGGACCAAGCUGGGUUACGCCCAUAUGACCGAAUCCUACAGGUCAAUCACGCACGGACGCGUGAUUUUGACUGUUGUCUAGCUGUGCCGUUGAUCACAGAGGCUGGAGAGAAUCUGCAGCUGGUCAUUAGCAGAAACCCUCUCGCUCAGGCACACGUUUGGCCACCAAAAAACUGUCAGGACCCUUCUGAACUGUCUGUGGUUUCUGCACAAAAUCCAAGAAGAGUUGACCUCUGAUCCAGAAAAUGAGCAACACAAAGCACACUUUUUGUUUUUAUACACAAAUGUUUCUCUCUCUCACCUCACAGUGGACACAUUAACACUAUUUUGUUUAUAUUUAUUUUAUUUAUCAUUUUCAAGCAAAGUUUGUCAAGUUAGGAACCACUGUUUUUCGGUUUUUACACUUUUUUUGAAUCAUCCCG